GACAAUUAAGUCAAGUAAUAAAAUUUCUCGCUAAAAACUACGAGGUUUGUAAUCGCCAAUCUAAAAGGCCUCAAGAAAAUGCAGAAAUCCCGUAAGAGAAAACAAGCACAGCUCAAAUCCUCAACCAAAUCGCCAAAAAGCACCGACUACAAUGUCAAUGCCACCAUCCAAGAGCCAUAUCCCGACUACCCUCGACCCACCCCUGAAGAGUGCCUAGCAGUACGGGAUGAUCUCUUGUCCCUCCAUGGUUUCCCCAGAGAAUUCAUCAAAUACCGCAAUCAAAGACUACAAAAUUCAAGCAUCAAUAAUGGAGAAAUAUGUGAAAAUAAAGAGACUGUGCUAGAUGGUUUAGUACAAACCAUUUUAUCGCAAAAUACUACGGAGGUCAAUUCCGGAAAGGCCUUUGUUUCCCUCAAGAAUGCUUUCCCUACCUGGGACGACGUUCUAGCAGCCGAAUCCCGGUGCUUUGAGGAUGCCAUAAGAUGUGGAGGUCUUGCACCAACAAAAUCUUCUUGUAUAAAGAAUAUACUGAAAUGCUUGAUCGAGAGAAAAGGAAAAUUGUGCUUGGAGUAUCUAAGAGAUUUGUCUGUUGAGGAAAUCAAGGCAGAGCUCUCUAAUUUUAAAGGAAUAGGCCCCAAGACGAAAUGGCAACUUCUGGUACUAUACUCCCGAAUACGAUCGAAGAAAAAUCAGAGAAAUUUAAUGGGUCAGAUUUUAAGUGUUGGCAACAGAAAAUGCUUUUUUUAUUUGACAACAUUAAGUUUGGCAAAAUUUCUCAAAGAGAUUCGCCUUCAUACACCGAGCAAGAAAGUGACGAUGAGAAAUUGGCUGCGGUUGAUGCAUGGAAGUAUUCCGAUUUCUUGUGCAGAAAUUAUGUACUCAACGGACUAGAUAACACAUUAUAUAAUGUGUACUGCAAUGCGAAGUCUGCCAAAGAAUUGUGGGAAUCUUUGGACACAAAGUACAAAACCAAAGAUGCUGGCACAAAGAAAUUCAUUGUCGGUUAUUUUUUGGAUUAUAAAAUGAUUGAAAGCAAGACUAUCAUAUCCCAAGUUCAAGAACUUCAAAUCAUACUCAGCGACAUCUAUGCCGAAAGAAUGAAACUAAGUGAAUCAUUUCAAUUUGCUACACUGAUUGAGAAAUUACCGUCUUCUUGGAAGGACUUCAAAAAUUAUCUAAAACAUAAGCAGAAGGAAAUGAAACUUGAAAAUAUCAUUAUUCGGUUAAGAAUAGAAGAAGACAAUCGCAAAUCUGAAAAGAGGAGUGGUGCAUCUCAUUCGAUGGAAUCAAAAGUCAACAUUGUGGAAGGAGGUUUAAAGACUAACAAAAAGAGGAAGCACAAUGGCGAAGGGCAAACCAGUUCUUCAAAACCUACUAAAAAGUUCAAGGGCAAUUGUUACAAUUGCAGCAAAGCAGGACACUGAUCCAAGGACUGUUGAAAGCCAAAAAAUGUCAAGGGAAAACCUCACCAGGCAAAUGUAAUAGAACAUGACAACCUUUACGAUAAAGUACAAGAAAUAAAUCUUUCUGCGGUCGUCUCUGAAUGCAACUUAGUUGGAAAUACUAAGGAAUUGUGGGUGGAUACUGGAGCUACUUGUCACAUAUGCUCAAACCGCGGGAUGUUCUCUACCUACAAAACAAUGGAACAUGAUGAACAACUAUACAUGGGAAACUCAUCAUUUUCCAAGGUUGAAGGACAUGGAAAGAUUGUGCUGAAAAUGACAAGUGGAAAGGAGCUCACUUUGAAUAACGUUCUUCAUGUGUCCGAUAUUCGAAAGAAUUUGGUAUCGGGUUCCCUAUUAAGUAAGAAUGGGUUUAAACUAGUAUUCAUUUCAGACAAAUUUGUACUUACGAAGAAUGAAAUGUUUGUAGAAAAGGGCUACCUGAAUGAGGGGCUCUUUAAGUUGAAUGUAAUGACUGUUAUACUUCUGAUUAUGAAUAAAAAUACUUGUUCUUCUU